AGGUCAAUUAUACUAAUUGGCAGCAAAUAAAAGCUAAAAAGAAAAACAAAAAUCAUCUAAAGCCUCACCGUCACGAUCUUUCCCUCUCUCCCUCUCCUCACUUGCUGGUGCUUUGUGUUGCAGAUUAGUUCGUCAGUGUUUUCCUCACCAUCCUUGACAGGAGGAUCCCAUGUAUCCAGCCAUAUUACGUGUCAAUUUCACCUUCUAAAAUUUUUGUGAGAAUCUGUUGACUGACUUGUCUUAAAAGAGUUCAAGUCAAGUGUUGUGCUGUCCUAAAUGAGUGCCAAUAUCUGGGCUUGUGACAAUUGAUAUCAGAGCAAAUGAUGAUCUGUGAACAGUGAAAAAGCAUGACAGUAUCUACUGCACGUCUUGAUGCCUUAGAGAAAAGGGUUGAAGAGCUUUUUACUAGGAUUAAUGAUUGCCCCACUCAUGAGGAAUUGAAAAUAAAGCUUGAGUCAGCUCUCCUGCGCAUUGACGCAUUAGAAAAGAGAAGUGAAUAUCUUUUGGCGGUGGUAGCCAGGGUAUCUGGGAGUGAGGGUGAGCCAAUAAAGCUUGAGGCCAUUCAAAAUUCUACCAAUAAAUCUAAGGGCAAAGGUGUGGCUAUAGAAUUUGAGGCCUAUCAACAUCCCAAAAAGUCAUCUCAAGGUAAGAGUGUGCCUAUAGAGCUUAAUGCUACCAAAAAGCCCAUUUUUGCAAGAAAUGCUCAAUUGAGGAACUCGGAGAGCAAGAUACGUGAAGUUGAGGCAGUAGCCUCUCGUAUGGAAGAUCUCAAGGAGAAAUUGAAGUCCAUCUCUGCUUCACGAAACUCUCUUAAAGAGUUUGUAGACAUUUCGAAAGUUGACGACAAAGAGAAUGGGAAGUUUUUUCAAGGUGAGCUACAAGAAUUGAGAGGAAAAGUAAACGUACUGAUGAAAGCGGUCAGCAAUCUUAACGGAGGCCACGGGGUAGGCAAGAUUGAAAUUCCUAUGCCAAAAGCCUUUAAUGGGGCUUGCGAUGCGGAAGAUGUAGGCAACUUCCUCUUUGACAUGGAUAUGUAUUUCAAUGCUACUAACUAUAAUUCUGAUGAAGGCAGGUUAGAAAUAGUACCCAUGUUUUUAAAGGACAAUGCAAAACUGUGGUGGCGCACAAAAAAGGAAACAACAAUCUUUGGACAGUGUACAAUAGCUAGUUGGGAUGACUUCAAGAAGGAAUUGAGGGCACGAUUUUACCCUGAGAAUGUAGCUAGAAGGAAGUUAAAUGAAAUCCAACAGACAGGGCCCAUUAGGGAGUAUGUGAAAGAGUUCUCGGUGUUAAUGCUAGACAUUAAUAAUAUGACACCAUCAGAUAGGCUAUUUUACUUUUUAAGGGGCUUAAAGCCAUGGGCACAGAGAGAGUUGUUGAGGAGAAAUUUGAAGGACCUCAGUGCAGCUGUGGAUGCGGCAAAUAGUCUAUAUGACUACUCCCACAUUGCUCACAAAAGGAAGUUUAAUCUUUCUCAGGUUUAGAUUGAGUGGGGGAGCAAACUAGAGCAACACCCCAUCAGGAAGAACAAGAAAGGAUGGUUGGAGUUUUGGGACAAAGGGGAAAGAUUGACUUAUGCAUUACUAAUAGAGUUUCAACGAUCAGAGUUUUAAGGCUAAGUACUAAUAGGAUUAAGUAUUAGGAUAAUUUGAUUUAUCGAAUGUUAUGAUUUCAUUUUGAGAACAACUAUUUGGUACUAAAUUUAACUUAUGAACAACAUCAUUUUCUUUUCUAUA